AUGGCUUCAAGCAUCACCAACGACGUACGUCUCAACUCUCCGGAUGACUGGGAUGAGUGGGAAACCGCUCUACUCAACCAAGCUGAGACGUACCAUAUUCUCCUGGUCCUCCAAGGAAUCGAGGACCCUAUCCCUAAGCCUGAAGUCCGACGUAUCAAGGACUUCAUGCUAAAGGAUAUACCACUGCCCUCUCAGCCACCAGUCGCACCUCCGACUGGCCCUACUCCUUCAGCCUCGACCGCGAGGAUUGGAGCGGCUGCAGGUACUCGUGGCCAUACUGCUAGUCAACCAUCCCAGGACUCGGAGACCGUCCAAAGCACUGAGUCCCAGGAAGACGUUCCUAGCACUAUGGACACGAUGGAUAAAGAAAGAAGAAAACAGAUAGAGAAAGACGCGCUUUAUGCCUUUAGCUGCCGAGAUGUCGACAAGGUUUUCAACUGGAUGAAGAAGACUGUACACCCAAGCUAUCUCAAGAUGUGUGUCAGCAACACUCCGGAUUGGAGAAAAGCAUAUCGAAAUCUUAAGAGCCAUCUUAGUCAACCCCAAUCUGACGUUUAUCGUAAGAUUAGUAGUGACUAUGCUGCGGUGUUCAUCCUUCUCAAACAGGCAAGAACGACUAAGGAUUUAGAGGCCUGGAUUGUGAAAUGGGAUGACGUUCUUACUCGUGCAGAACGUAAGAAAAUGUCUAUUGCCACCAACACAAUCGAAUGGGCAGAUAAAUUCUUUGACGCUAUUGACUUCCUUGACCACUCCUGGAUAACGACUUUUAAAGUCCACUUUCAUGAGAAGAUUGAUGACGGGACUCUGGAACGAAGAGAUCUUACUAAUAUGUUCCGAAGGCUUAUUCAACAACCACAUAUACGCCUCCGGGGGCGUCCAUCAAGAGGAUCCUUUGCCACUCAGGCUGGAGGAAAUGAUAAUAGAAGUGACCAUGAGGCUCCACAACAGCCACGACGUCAGAAUCGCUCCCUGGACCGCUCCCGAGGACGCUCACAAUCUCACUCCAGAGAACGACCAAGUAAGAAAGCCAGGCUUAUAAAGCCAGAGGAUAUGAGGACAACCACUGCACCAAUCUGCCCGGCAUGUGGAGGACGACAUUUUCUCCUAGCAUGCUUUUAUAUCCUUCAACACCUUGGGCUUCCAGUUCCAGAUAACUUUGAACCUUGGAUAUAUCGUCAAGAGAGAGCAAAAGAAUGGACUGAGAAAAACACCAAUAUGAUUGACGAAUUGGUUAAACACCAUGAGCAGUUGACGCUCAGUGCUAACAAAGAACAUCCUCGCUCUCGAAGCCGAUCCCAAGGCAGAGCAAAGGAAAUACUAGGAAUCACCCAAGAUAAGACGACAUUCCAGGGAGAGCCAAUACCCUCAGAAUGA